UAGACCUUGUUUCUGCUUAAAGGUCUGAACCACCCAGCUGCAGCGUUACUCUCUAUCAUCUGGUCAUCAUGAAAGCCGUAAACAUCUUCCUGCUCUGCUUCCUGGGAGCCGCUCUGCUGUCCGCAGUCCUUUGUGAUAAUACGACUGGUCCUGAUGGCUGCUGCUUCCAGUUCUAUCCACGGCGAAUAAUGAAAGAUUUCAUUGGUUCAUAUUACUACACUGAUCACCGCUGUCCCAAGGCUGCAGUCGUUUUGGUCACAAAAAAGAAUGGCCGCAACAUCUGCGUGGAUCCAAAUAUGGUCUGGGUGGACAGAAUUAUGAGACAUCUGGAUGAAACGGACUUCAAGUGAAAAUCUUGUUUUUCCUUUGCUUUUUAUCCCAUAAACUAGGAAAAAAAACAUUUAUAACUAUAAUGUUUCUUUCAACCAGCCAUCUACUUUGCUGUGGUUCACUGGUUUCUUAUAAUCCACUGUCAUGUUGAACUAUAUUCCCUUGUCUAAAAAACUCUUCUAUGUUUUCUUCUUUUCUG